AUGCAAGGCACUGGGGAUCUCGAUGGCAGAUCCGCCAUUGCCUCCAGCUUUCCAUGCGGACCGUCGCAGCUCGACAAACUACAGUCACAGGCUCCAAGAUGGGCAUGGAGCAGCCUGAGCUCCCCGCCACCGGGUGCAGGUUUUUCCGAGGGCUCGGUGGCUUGGGAAGACAUCUUGGACGCGCAGCAGCGAGUGCCGACACAGGAGUCGAUUCGAGUUGCUGCCCGCUUUCGGCCAUUGAGUGUGUUGGAGAGGGAGAGUGGCGAGGAGACGCUUUGUGUGAAGUUCGGUCGAGAUGGCCAGUCGUGCACACUGCGAAUGCAGAAGACGCAUGGAAUCUGCGACUUUCCGUUUGCGUACGACCACCUGUUCGAGCCAGAAGCAUCGCAGUACGACGUCUACAGGGCCGUUGCGCAGCCGAUCGUCGAGGGAGUCAUACAUGGUUACAACGGAGCAAUCCUAGCCUACGGGCAGACGGGCAGCGGCAAGACACACACCAUGUUUGGGCCCUUUGCCACUGAAGCCUUCGUGGAUUCCUGCGACUUUGACUCCCACAGCCUCGGCAUUAUCCCUCGCGCGCUGCAGGAGUUGGUGGAUUAUGCCGAAAACACGGACGGCCUGGUGCAGCUGCGCGCUUCCUACGUAGAAAUCUACAAUGAGAACGUUCUUGACCUGCUUUCACCGCUGGGCGGUGUCAUCCCGGGUGACAUGCCGUCUUCUGCAGUAAUGCGUGAGCAGGCCAAGGAUUUGUUCCUGCCCACUGUCACUGAGACACCUUUCAACUCUGUGCGAGAGGCCAUGGAAGUCAUGCGACUGGGGAAUCGGAAGCGACACCAGGCCGAAACGAAGAUGAACCGACACUCCUCGCGGAGCCAUGCGGUUUUCAUAGUCACCGUCGUGAAUCGAGUAGAUCAAUCACGACAGAAGUUUGGCCAACUCUAUCUAGUGGACCUUGCAGGCUCCGAGCGCGUCAUCAAGACCGGCGUCGCAGGGACGCAUUUGGUGGAGGCUAAGAACAUCAACAAGAGCCUCCUGGCACUGGGUCAGGUGAUUUUUGCUUUGGCUCACAAGCAAAACCAUGUUCCGUAUCGAGACUCCAAGCUCACGCAGCUGUUGCGGAACUGCCUGGGAGGAAAUGCUCGGACAGCAGUGUUGAUCACCGUCUCUCCUCACAAAGACAAUGCCGGCGAGUCGCUCAGCUCGCUUCGCUUCGGCGCGCGUGCCUCCCUGGUGGAGAAUGCGGCGACUGAGAACGUGGCCGAAAACGUUCACGAGCUGAAGCGCCUGCUGGAGCACGCUCGCCAGGACUUGGCAGAACUCCGAGCCUCGAAUCGGCGUCUGCAGGCCGAGCUUUCGGUGAGAUCAGCGCCAUCAGGUGGUCACGACGGUAAAACUGUGCCGCCGCAAAAAUGUCUCGCGGUAUGGGAACUGCUUCCGUCGCUGGUUUGUCCCCUCACCCGCGGCAUCAUGAGGGAACCCGUCUUGGCCUCCGAUGGCUGGAGCUACGAGCGCCGCGCCUUGGAGAAGCACAUCGCCAGAGCUGGAAGGAUCAUGCCGGUCUCACCUGUAACAGGCCAGCGGCUUUCCACGCGGCUUUUCACGCCGAACCUGCUUGUGAGGCAGCUCGUGCGUCAGUAUCUUCCGGACCUCGGGCCGCUGGAGGAGCCGCUGCCGGUGAUCCAACUGCUCCACAUUUGGCACGUGCAGCUGAUCCUGUCCUUCCUGGACUUCCGAUCACUGGCGCGUUGUGAGGCCGCUUGGCCUUCUUUCCGGGCCAUGGCAGAGGACAAGGUUUGGGGGCAGCUUCUUCAGCGAGACUACCCCGACUGCGAUGUUGAGCUUCUCGCAGCGCGCAGUACCUAUCGCGAGGAGGCGGUAAAGGCGGCUGCCCAAAAGCCGGCCGCAGGAGGCCCGAAGGACAAGGCAGAUGGAGUAGAAGCACAGCGCGACACGACAUGCGCCUAUAUCCGUCCGUCCGUCCGUCCGUCCGUCCGUCCGUCCGUCCAUCCCUCCAUCCCUCCAUCCCUCCAUCCCUCCAUCCCUCCAUCCCUCCAUCCCUCCCUCCCUCCAUCCAUCCAUCCAUCCAUCCAUCCAUCCAUCCAUCCAUCCAUCCAUGCGUCCAUGCAUCCAUGA